AUGAAGUUCCUCUCUGCCCUUGCUGCCGGCCUCUUUGCCACCACUGUCACUUCUCUCGCCAUCCCAGACCCAGAAGCCGUGCCAGAAGCUCUCCCUGAGGCCGACCCAGAGGCUGUUCCGGCAGCCUUUGCGUCCCUCACAGAUGUCCAGAUCAUCAAGUAUACCGUGAAGGACUGGUAUGGGGACACCGCAAUCGUAUCAACAUUCCUCGACAACAUUGCGAAGAAGAAUUUCCGUUCGGACGCCGAAUUCACCAAAGCCGCCAAACUUGCCUGGCUUGCUGAGUACUCGUCCACUGCUCCCACUUGGGGCAACAAGGCCGUCUUGGACUCAUACCUCGCGGGAAAGAACGGUAGCAAUGGCAGCAACGGCAGCAAUGGAACUGAGCAGGGUAAUGGUACAUGGACCGGCGAGGGAUCCUACGGCCAGAAUGUCAAGGACCGUCUAGAAGAACUCAAGAACAAGAAGUGGCGAAGAGACUGCAAGACCAUCCAGCAGAUUGCACAAGAGAUCAACGAUGAUCGCUGCGAGUACGUCCUGCCUGCUAUCGAUGGCUACUUCCAACAGGCUUCGAACCUUGUGGCUUCGUACAACCCAAGCAAACCAGACUACUCCAUCCGAAGCAUUCGCGCUGUUCGCGCGAAGGCUUGUGGCGCUACGAGGUAUGCUCGUGAUGUGGAGGAUGAGUUGGUUAUGGAUCUUGAGGAGUAG